AUGCCAGCCCGUCCGCCGCCUGUCUCGCCGUUCCGGUUCUUAGAUUUGUCGCCGGAGGUCCGCGGCAUGAUAUUGGGAUACUUUGCCGGUGUUCCACCAUAUCCCCUCCUGAGAGCCAACAAGCCUCACGCCGUCGACGCCGUCAAUGUCGAACGUGGCAUCAUUUGGAAACAACCCGGUCGCUUCGGAGCUCAGCCCGACGAGUCGCUGAUCAAACACUUCAGCAUCUGGGAGCUCGAGAAUCAUCCACUCACCAAGGAGUGGGAGGAAUACCGCGAUGUCACGACGACACGCAAGUCGCUGCUCUCAGUCAGCAAAGCCGUCCGCUUCGAAUGGGCACCGAUCUUCUGGCGCACCACCACCAUCCACGUCGGUGAUCCUCGCCCUGCUCGCCCCGACUUUCUGGAUCAUGUCUCGCCCCGCCGCUUCGAAGAGACCUUCCUGUCCAAGAUCGAGCGGCCCUUGCUGUCCUGCGUCCGGCGACUCGUGUACUAUCCAGCGAGCGACCGUGUGAACCUCGCCCUCGGAUACUUGACCGACAGCAUGAACGAUAGCCCGUACAUGGGUCACUUCAGUGGCAUACAAGAGCUGGGACAAGUCGUGAGCAGAUACCCGGCCCUCAGCAACUUGGACAAGCUGUCCGUCUUCUUCAGACCUCAACCUCAAGAACCAUUGCCGGAAUACAUCACCAGGAUGUUCGGCAAUGCACCGACCAGCGCCUACCGACAGAGAUGGGGCCUGAUGGAUUCGAACCAGGAUUGGCAGGGCUUUGCGCGCGCCAUGGUCACGGGCGUUUUGAACGGCUUCGGAGUAGAGAGAGAGAUGGGCAUUGAGAAUCCCGCGGGCACCGGAAAUAGGGCCGUCAUCUGGUGGAAGUUGAAGAUUGAGAGACUCUAG